UCCGGCCGCCGGCCCCCGCCGCCCCUCGCCGGUCCCCGCCGCCCCGGGCGCGCCACCAUGGGGCCCCGGCUCGGCGUCUGGCUCCUGCUGCUGCCCGCCGCCCUCCUGCUCCAUGAGGAGCGCAGCCGGGCCGCUGCGAAGGGUGGUUGUGCUGGCUCUGGCUGCGGAAAGUGUGACUGUCAUGGAGUGAAGGGACAAAAGGGUGAAAGAGGCCUCCCAGGGUUACAAGGUGUCAUUGGGUUUCCGGGAAUGCAAGGACCUGAGGGGCCGCAGGGACCACCAGGACAAAAGGGUGACACUGGAGAACCAGGACUGCCAGGAACAAAAGGGACGAGAGGGCCCCCAGGAGCAUCGGGUUACCCUGGAAACCCAGGACUUCCUGGUAUUCCUGGCCAAGAUGGUCCCCCGGGCCCCCCAGGUAUCCCAGGAUGCAAUGGGACAAAGGGUGAGAGAGGACCUCUGGGGCCUCCCGGUCUGCCUGGAUUCACUGGGACUCCGGGACCACCAGGGUUACCUGGAAUGAAGGGGGACCCAGGUGAGAUACUCGGCCACGUGCCCGGGACCCUGUUGAAAGGGGAAAGAGGAUUCCCUGGACCCCCAGGAACACCAGGUUCGCCAGGAUUGCCAGGGCUGCAAGGUCCCGUUGGCCCUCCAGGAUUUACCGGACCACCAGGUCCUCCAGGCCCUCCUGGCCCUCCGGGUGAAAAGGGGCAAAUGGGCUUAAGUUUUCAAGGACCAAAAGGCGAGAAGGGUGAUCAAGGGGUCAGUGGGCCUCCAGGAGUGCCAGGACAAGCUCAAGUCAAAGAAAAAGGAGACUUUGCCACUAAAGGAGAGAAGGGUCAAAAAGGUGAACCUGGAUUUCAGGGAAUGCCAGGGGUUGGAGAGAAAGGCGAACCUGGAAAACCGGGGCCCCGAGGAAAACCUGGAAAAGAUGGUGAAAAAGGAGAAAAAGGGAGUACAGGGUUUCCCGGCGACUCAGGGUACCCAGGACUCCCGGGCCGAGAGGGUUUUAAGGGAGACAAAGGGGAAGCAGGCCCCCCCGGCCCGCCUGGAAUUGUUAUUGGCACAGGACCAUUGGGAGAAAAAGGAGAGCGGGGCUUCCCAGGGACUCCAGGGUUGAGAGGAGAGCCAGGUCCCAAGGGUUUCCCAGGAUUACAAGGCCAGCCAGGCCCUCCAGGCUUCCCAGUACCAGGGCAGCCUGGUGCUCCUGGCUUCCCUGGAGAAAGAGGAGAAAAAGGGGACCAAGGAUUUCCAGGCCGGUCUUUGCCAGGACCAAGUGGAAGGGAUGGGCUUCAGGGUCCUCCUGGGCCCCCCGGACCCCCUGGACGGCCAGGCCACACGAAUGGAAUUGUGGAGUGCCAGCCUGGACCACCCGGGGAUCAGGGUCCUCCUGGAAUUCCGGGGCAGCCGGGAUUGACCGGGGAAGUCGGAGAAAAAGGUCAAAAAGGAGAGAGUUGCCUCAUCUGUGACUCAACAGGACUUCGUGGCCCCCCAGGGCCCCAGGGACCCCCUGGGGAAAUAGGUUUCCCAGGACAGCCAGGGGCCAAGGGCGACAGAGGCUUACCUGGCAGGGAUGGUCUUGAAGGAUUGCCUGGCCCACAAGGUGCACCCGGGCUGAUGGGCCAGCCAGGAGCCAAGGGAGAGCCUGGUGAGAUUUACUUUGACAUUCGACUCAAAGGUGACAAAGGAGACCCAGGUUUUCCAGGACAACCCGGUAUGCCAGGCAGAGCAGGAUCUCCCGGAAGAGAUGGCCAUCCAGGUCUGCCCGGCCCCAAAGGCUCUCCGGGUUCAGUAGGAUUAAAAGGAGAACGUGGCCCCCCUGGAGGCGUUGGAUUUCCCGGCAGUCGUGGUGACAUUGGCCCUCCUGGGCCCCCAGGGUUUGGCCCUAUUGGCCCCAUUGGUGACAAAGGACAAGCGGGCUUUCCGGGAAGCCCUGGAUCCCCCGGCCUGCCAGGUCCCAAGGGUGAAGCAGGAAAAGUCGUGCCCUUACCUGGUCCUCCUGGAGCAGAAGGACUUCCGGGGUCCCCAGGUUUCCAAGGCCCCCAAGGUGACCGAGGUUUUCCUGGAACCCCAGGAAGGCCGGGCCUCCCAGGAGAGAAGGGUGCUGUUGGCCAGCCCGGGAUUGGGUUUCCAGGCCCUCCUGGCCCCAAAGGUGUUGAUGGCUUACCUGGAGAUGUGGGACCUCCUGGGAAUCCGGGUCGCCAAGGAUUUAGUGGCCUACCUGGCUCUCCAGGUGUGCCAGGCCAAAAGGGAGAGCCUGGUAUAGGUCUGCCAGGACUCAAAGGAUCGCCAGGUAUUCCCGGCAUUCCUGGCACUCCUGGGGAGAAGGGAAGCAUCGGGGGACCAGGCAUUCCCGGAGAGCAUGGAGCUAUCGGCCCCCCAGGCCUUCAGGGAAUCAGAGGUGACCCAGGACCUCCUGGAUUACAAGGUCCCAAAGGAGCUCCAGGAGUUCCCGGAAUAGGUCCCCCCGGAGUGAUGGGUCCCCCUGGAGGACAAGGACCACCAGGGUCAUCAGGCCCUCCCGGAGUGAAAGGAGAGAAGGGUUUCCCUGGAUUCCCAGGCCUGGACAUGCCGGGCCCCAAAGGCGACAAAGGGACUCAGGGUCUGCCCGGCCUCACUGGGCAGUCGGGGCUGCCUGGUCUUCCCGGACAGCAGGGGACGCCCGGGCUUCCCGGGUUUCCAGGUCCCAAGGGAGAGAUGGGCGUCAUGGGGACCCCGGGGCAGCCCGGCUCACCAGGACCAGCAGGCGUGCCAGGAUUGCCGGGUGAAAAAGGGGACCACGGCUUCCCAGGCUCCUCGGGACCCAGGGGAGACCCUGGCUUCAAGGGCGAUAAAGGAGAUGUCGGCCUCCCUGGCAAGCCUGGGUCCAUGGAUAAAGUGGACAUGGGCAGCAUGAAGGGAGAGAAGGGAGACCAAGGAGAAAAAGGACAAAUUGGACCAACUGGUGAUAAAGGAUCCCGGGGAGAUCCUGGAACCCCAGGAGUUCCUGGAAAGGACGGCCAAGCAGGACACCCUGGGCAGCCAGGACCUAAAGGUGAUCCAGGUGUAGGUGGAACCCCGGGUGCUCCGGGCCUUCCCGGCCCCAAAGGAUCGGUCGGUGGAAUGGGCCUGCCAGGAACCCCUGGAGAGAAGGGUGUGCCUGGAAUCCCCGGCCCGCAGGGCGUCCCUGGCUUACCUGGAGAGAAAGGAGCCAAAGGAGAGAAAGGGCAGGCGGGUCUCCCUGGCAUUGGGAUUCCGGGACGGCCCGGGGACAAGGGAGACCAAGGGCUGGCAGGCUUUCCGGGAACUCCUGGAGAGAAGGGCGAGAAGGGAAGUGCUGGGAUCCCGGGCAUGCCCGGCUCCCCAGGCCCCAAAGGCCUGCCGGGGAGCGUGGGCUAUCCAGGAAGCCCUGGGUUGCCUGGAGAAAAAGGUGAUAAAGGCCUCCCAGGGUUGGACGGCAUCCCUGGUAUCAAAGGAGAAGCAGGUCUUCCUGGGAAGCCUGGCCCCUCGGGCCCAGCCGGCCAGAAAGGGGAGCCUGGCAGUGAUGGAAUCCCGGGGUCAGCAGGAGAGAAGGGUGAACCAGGUCUACCCGGAAGAGGAUUCCCAGGGUUUCCAGGGACCAAAGGAGAGAAAGGUUCAAAGGGUGACGUGGGUUUCCCAGGAUUGGCUGGGAGUCCAGGAAUACCUGGAUCCAAAGGAGAGCCGGGGUUCUUGGGACCUCCGGGGCCACAAGGACAGCCAGGAUUGCCUGGAGCUCCGGGCCACGCUGUGGAGGGGCCCAAAGGAGACCGGGGCCCACAGGGACAACCUGGCCUGCCAGGCCUUCCGGGACCCAUGGGGCCGCCGGGGCUCCCCGGGCUUGAUGGACUGAAAGGUGACAAAGGAAACCCAGGCUGGCCGGGGGCGCCUGGUGCCCCAGGGCCCAAGGGAGACCCAGGGUUCCAGGGCAUGCCUGGGAUUGGUGGCUCUCCAGGAAUCACAGGUUCUAAGGGUGACAUGGGCCCUCCGGGCGUUCCGGGAUUUCAAGGUCAGAAAGGUCUCCCUGGCCUUCAAGGAGUUAAAGGAGACCAAGGAGACCAAGGUUUCCCUGGAACGAAAGGUCUUCCGGGCCCCCCCGGCCCCCCAGGGCCUUACGACAUCAUCAAAGGGGAGCCAGGGCUCCCUGGUCCAGAGGGUCCCGCAGGUCUGAAGGGGCUUCAGGGACCUCCAGGCCCCAAGGGACAGCAAGGUGUGACGGGGUUGGUGGGCUUACCUGGACCACCAGGUAUCCCCGGGUUUGACGGUGCCCCUGGCCAGAAGGGAGAGACAGGACCCUUUGGACCUCCUGGUCCGAGAGGGUUUCCGGGCCCGCCAGGCCCUGAUGGACUGCCAGGAUCCAUGGGGCCCCCGGGCACCCCGUCUGUUGAUCACGGCUUCCUUGUGACCAGGCACAGUCAAACAAUAGAUGAUCCACAGUGUCCUCCUGGGACCAAAAUCCUUUACCACGGGUACUCUCUGCUCUACGUGCAAGGCAACGAGCGGGCCCACGGGCAGGACUUGGGCACGGCUGGAAGCUGCCUGCGCAAGUUCAGCACCAUGCCCUUCCUCUUCUGCAACAUCAACAACGUCUGCAACUUCGCCUCCCGGAACGAUUACUCCUACUGGCUGUCCACCCCUGAGCCCAUGCCCAUGUCCAUGGCGCCCAUCACUGGGGACAAUAUUAGGCCAUUUAUUAGCAGGUGUGCAGUGUGUGAGGCGCCAGCCAUGGUGAUGGCCGUGCACAGCCAGACCAUUCAGAUCCCGCAGUGCCCCAGCGGCUGGUCCUCGCUCUGGAUUGGCUAUUCCUUUGUGAUGCACACUAGCGCUGGUGCCGAAGGUUCUGGUCAAGCCCUGGCGUCCCCCGGCUCCUGUCUGGAAGAGUUUAGAAGUGCGCCCUUCAUCGAGUGCCACGGCCGUGGGACUUGUAAUUACUAUGCAAACGCUUACAGCUUUUGGCUUGCUACUAUCGAGAGGAGCGAGAUGUUCAAGAAGCCCACGCCAUCCACCUUGAAGGCUGGGGAGCUGCGCACGCACGUCAGUCGCUGCCAAGUCUGUAUGAGAAGAACAUAAUGAAGCCCGGCGCUCAGCUAACGUCACAACAUGGUGCUACUCCCACCUCCUCCCUUCUCCUUUUUUUAACAGCAACGAACCCUAGAAAUAUAUCCUGUGUACCUCACUGUCCAAUAUGAAAACCGUAAAGUGCCUUAUAGGAAUCUGCGUAACUAACCCACCCUGCUUCGUUGGCCUCUACUUGCUGAAGGAGAAACCAAGACCGCGAUAAGCUGUCAAUAGUGACAUACCAAAUGGCACUUUUGAUGAAAUAAAAAUAUAAGUCUGUUCUCCAAUCCAGUGCACUGAUGUGUAGAGUGAGAACUCCAUCAGAAAACCAAAGGGUGCUCGAAGGUGUGCGGGGCCUUCCAUACUGUUUGAAUGCCCGUUUUCAUUCUUGUAUUAUAAUAGAUUCAUUCUCCACCCCCAGAUGAGAUGUUUGUUUAUAUCACUGUCUAGCUGUUUCAAAAUUCAGGUCCCUUGGUCUGUACAAAUGAUAAUCAUGUAAAAACGGUGUCUCGAACCUCCAAAUGGAAUUAUGGGCUCAGCAGCCAUAUCUUCCAACCCCCAAAUAUAAAUUUAGACCUUUCUGCUCUGUGUGGUACUAUGCAGCUGCUUUUGCAGAAAUCACGAAUAUCCUGUGGAGUAAAGAUGGUCCAAAAGUAGGCAGAAAUUAAAUAUAUAUAUAUUUUAGUAAUUUAUAUAGAUGUCAGCAAUUAGGCAGGUCAAGUUUUAGUUUCAUUUCCACUGUUAAAAUAAAGCUUACAUAGUUUCUUCCUUUGAAAGACUGUGUUGUCCUUUAACAUAGAUUUUUAAACACUAGGGUAUUGAAUGUGCAGCAUCGGUUUUCAUUGUUCACCUCCAAACCAAAAGUCGUGUAUUGCCAAAACCAAACCCGGGUUCCUGACUGGUGUCUAUUAUAGUGAAACAUGUACUUGGAGCUUAUUGUUUUUAUUCUGUAUUAAAUAUCUUCAGGGUUUUAAACACUAAUCACAAACUGAACGACUUGACUUCAAAAGCGACAACCUUAAAAGGCCUUCAUCUUAUUAGUCUUCCGCAUUCUGCAGGCUGGUGUGGAAAACAGCUCUGUUGAAUCAGAGUAUCAGUAUUUUUACACGUGAGCACAUUCAGGCGGCCUCCUUGGUUUUUCACGAGCUGUGUUCAGACUUCAGCAGGGCAGCGGACGGAUUGCAGGAGAGCAGAAUUGGACCACUAUGCCUGAAAUGACAUUUCACUAAAGGUCUCCAAACGUUUUUAAGACUACUAAGGCCUUUUAUGUAAUUUCUUUAAAUGUGUAUUUCUUUAAAAUUCAAAUUUGUAAUAAAACUAUUUGUAUAAAAA